UGAGCAGAGGAGACAGAGACAAACAGACUGCGCUGCGCUAGCACUCAGCACAAGCACAGAGAGCUAGACUGCGUUACCACCUGGCACAGGCACCGAGAGCUAGACUGCGUUACCACCUAGCACAGAUACAGAGAAGCAGGCUGGAAUAGCACCUCGCACAGACAGAGACCACAGAGCAAGACAUUCGCAAGCCUGCAGCAGACCUCCCCAGCUCCGCAGACGGAAAGCUCCGGAAGGCUCCGCAGAGACAGCUUCCUGCCCGAUCUUGUGACUGACUGUCUCGCUCCGAGCCGACGGGAAGCCGCAUCCCUGAGACGUUGCGGGUCCCCGCAGCCGGCCGUCCGUCACCGAGCGCGUGCAGAGGCCCAGAGGGCACAGGAUGGGCAGGCAGGGGCACGACGCGGCGAACGCCGCCGCCACCCCCGGCGUGCGCAUGCACCGCUCGCAGAGCCGCAUGAGCCUGUCGGCCUCCUUCGAGGCCCUGGCCGUCUACUUCCCCUGCAUGAACUCCUUCGAGGAGGACGACGGAGCAGGGGGAAAGAAGCUGCGCAGUACAGUGCAGAGGAGCACAGAGACCGGGCUCGCCGUGGAGAUGAGGAGCCGGAUGACACGGCAGGCGAGCCGGGAGUCCACCGACGGCAGCAUGAACAGCUACAGCUCGGAGGGAAACCUCAUCUUCCCUAGUGUGCGGCUCUCGUCUGACAGCCAGUUCAGCGACUUCCUGGAUGGGUUAGGCCCCGCCCAACUCGUCGGUAGACAGACGCUAGCCACACCUCCAAUGGGUGACAUCCAAAUUGGAAUGGUGGACAAGAAGGGAUCCCUGGAGGUGGAGGUCAUCCGAGCCCGUGGUCUUGUGGGAAAGCCAAGUUCAAAGGCACUGCCAGCACCCUAUGUGAAAGUGUACCUGUUGGACAAUGGAGCCUGUGUAGCCAAAAAGAAAACUAAAGUAGCAAGAAAAACCCUGGACCCCCUCUACCAGCAGCAGUUGUCGUUUGAGGAGAGUCCGACAGGAAAAGUGUUACAGAUCAUUGUCUGGGGAGACUAUGGACGCAUGGACCACAAAUCCUUUAUGGGAGCUGUUCAGAUACUAUUAGAUGAUCUAGACUUGUCCAACAUGGUGAUUGGCUGGUUCAAACUCUUCCCCCCUUCCUCAUUGGUGGACCCAACCCUGGCACCUUUAACUAGAAGAGCUUCCCAAUCCUCGUUGGAUAGUUCCUCGGGACCUUGCGCUCGAUCGUAGCACUGCAAGGGACAAGUAGCGUUGUCGUAGCAACCAGCAUCGGAGUCAACGGUCUCAACAAGUCACGCCCCGGUUCCACUGCAUGCUUGAUGUUGUGUCUUCUGAGCCGGUUACUAGGGGAACGAGGUGCGGGCCCGGCGCUGCCGGCCGACGCCGCACUCAGACAGAGCCCCUGUGAGCGCGAGCCGGGCGCGGGAAGAACUCACUGCAGCGCCCGGAACUCCGCGGUACUCCGUUUCCAUCCAAACUCGAAGCCAUGGAGAAAAAAAGAGAAAAUAACAGAGAACCGAUCGAUGAGUUCUACAGAAACCCUUUUAAAAAAAAUUGAAAAGUCAUUGUUUUUUGUUUGUUUUUUUUUUUGUUUUUUUGUUUGUUUCGUUUUGUUUGUUGUUGAUAUUCCUGUUGUACCCAAUGGGGUGACAAUGUUUCUUACCAGAUGCUUGGUAACGCCAUGCCAACAAGCCCAGCUGUGAGCCACAGGGACUAUUGUCAGCAGCCGAGGGACGAUCUGGGUCGGGAUGGGCUAACCGACACCCAGAUGAGCCUAACCCUCCUCUACCCCUACAUAUGCAUUAUGUACUCAGAGUUAAAGCUGAUCUUGAGAGACUAUUCAAAGUUUUUAAAAAAUGGCAAUACAGAUGUGGCUAUCGUCCAGGAUCCAGUAUACAUUAGAACCCACACCAACUAAAUGAACUUUUGUGAUCUGAUAGAAUUAUUUCUCUGUUCAUACCUUCUGUGAAAUUGAAAAGAAAAAAGAAAAACAAAGGAUUUUUUGCAUGGACACAAAUUUAGCUGAACUGAAAAAGUAUAUUUAAAAAAUUAUUUUCUUGAGGCUGCAACUUGCAACAAAAAGAAAAAAGACCAGAUCAGCCAUUUUCAACGAUUUAUAUUAUUUUUAAAGAUAAAUUUCACUAAUGCAUGGUUUUCAAGGGGAGUGAAUGCAAGGGUGUGAUUAAAAAAAAUAAACUAUGAUUUACCAUCCUUUAGACAAUUCAUUCGCCUGUAUUUUUACAGAUGUUCAGAAAAGGGAAACUAAAAAAAAAAACUUGCAUAUAUUGAAGAGAAAAGAUGUUUAUGUGACAAAGAGAGGAUAAAUUAAAUGUAAAGUAUUUAUUUCAUUGUAAAGGCGAAAGCCUUAUGAAGAUAAACAUUAUGUGCAAAUUGUACACUCCUCUCUCUCCUCCAUCCCAGGGUGACUGUUGAACUAAUCAUUGCCAUUGUUGUCGGAUCCUCCGGAAUGUGUCCAGAUGUUUCAGGACUGUAGAUUAUGUUACAGCCCUGUAUUACACAAUAUUACUUUGGGAUAUGAUUUGUUUUACAAGCAUGUUGAAAGUUCUUUUCUUUUUGUUUUGUUUUGUUUUCCUUUUUUGCAACAUGGCUUGGACACACUUCCAGUAACUCAGCAUGUUUUGAUAGAGAAGAUAUUUGGAAUUUUUGCAGUUUCUUGUACAGUGCAUGUAAACUAAGUUGCUUUUCUCCCUCACCUCGAAUUGAACUCCACAGAGAAUCAGUGGCUGAGCUUUCAUGGCCAACCAUGCAAACAUUUGACGAAAACAUUCCACCUCCCAGAUUUGCGGUUUCUUUCCGAUUAACAAUUGAAGAACUAAAGUAAAAGUUUUGUAUUUAAUGGAGGUUGACUAGAAAAAAUACUUAAAGUUGCAAGUAUAUUUUAUUUUAAUAUUGUUAUAAAGAAAAAAAAAAUCCAAAAUGGAUUACAUCAGUUGGUAUAGCAAGAUGAAAUAUACCAGGCCAAGCCACAGCAGAGGCUAGUUCUGUAAUGGACUCGACAUUUGCUGUGAAGAUCAUUUUUACAGGCACUGUUUGUGAAACUUGGAAUGCAUCACAUGGUAUUUGGAAACCGCGAAUUGCCACACAACAUGGAUUUUUAAUUGUUUCCUGUUUUGAGAAAAUAAAAUUAAUUUGCUAUAUUUGAUUAGUUUAUUUAAAAGCAAACACCAACCAUAAAAUAAGAAAACUGUAAUAAAUGUGAUUUUAUUUUUUCCUUUUUUUUUUUUUUUUUUUUUUAGUAAUUAUUGCUUCUCAAAAUGGGGAGUAUAUGAAUUUAAAAGUAAUUAAAAUAUUUUCAUUAAAAUAUUAAAAUUGUGAGACAUGAUUCCUCUUCCUUAGAGAAAAAAAAUGUUUUAUCUUGUAGAGGUAUGCACUGGACUUUUUGCAACAAGUUCCAUAUUUAAUUUUGCAUUGUACAUACCAACUGAUAGGACUGACAUAAUUUUAAUAUACAGUACAUAGCUUGUUCUGGAAAAGGAGUCAUACCUCACAUGACAGACAGGUGUUAUUUACCCUUUUGAAUGCCUUUUCUUUUUUGGUGCAAUGUGUUCCUGCCAAGGCUAUGUCUUGGGACAGUAUGGUUGAGUACAGAGAUUUAUGUAAGUUAUUUUUCAAAUUAAAAAUAAAAAACUGGAUAUUACACAAA